GCAUGUACCAGCUUCUGCAGUCAAAAAACGCGGAGAACGAGAACGUUGUGUGCUCGGCCUUCAGCGUAGCCUGCUCACUCGCAAUGCUUGCCGGCGGAGCUGGCGGCAGCACAUCUAAACAAAUAUUUGCCCUGUUAAGCCUCAAGGCGAGCAAGGACCGGAUUCGCGAGCAUUUUUCCAACCUGCUAACCAUGCUGUCCGGCUGCGCUCCUGAUGCCACCUUCCUCGUGGCCAACCGCUUGUACAGUGACAAGCGAUUUCCAGUGCAGAGCGGCUACGUGGUCCUCCUGGAAUCCUCAUAUGGAGCGACGCUGAAGUCCGUUGACUUCUCUAGUAGCCACGAGGUGGUUCGACGAGAAGCCAAUGCCUGGAUCAAGGAGCAAACGGCGUCCAAAGUUCAAGAUAUGCUUCGUCCCGGAAGCGUGGACUCACGCACUGUGCUAGUCCAUAUCAGUGCCAUCGCCUUCAAGAGCUUUUGGCAAUUCCCUUUCCGUUCAAUUAACACAAUGCCUCAGGACUUCCGCCUAGACUACAAGACCAACGUGCGAGUGAACAUGAUGUUCCUGGAUCAGAGUUUCAAAAUAGGGCAUUCAGAGGAGCUGGGCGCAAGGGCCUUAGAGAUACCAUACAGAGGUCAAAAGGCAUCAAUGGUAAUCUUAUUACCUGACGAGGUGGAAGGUCUGUUCUGCCUGGAAGAGUCCAUGACUUCGGCUAGGAUCUCCACGCUCCUCGCCAACAUGAAGUUGGUUCAAGACGUGGAAGUCAGUCUUCCGAAAUUCAAGCUGGACUACACGCUGCCUCUUAAGGAGACCUUAAAAGAUCUCGGCGUCAAGGACCUGUUCACCCCGGGCAAAGCGGACCUGUCGGGCAUCUUCGAGAGCGGUCGGCCGGCGGUUUCCGAAGUGAUCCACAAGGCGGCUGUCGAAGUCUACGAAGAAGGCACCGAACCCGCAGCCAGCACGACAGUGGUGAUUGAGUCUACCGGAACAAUCGCUGCGCAGGCUGUGCGAUUUGUCGUGGAUCAUCCUUUCAUGUUUUUGAUCAAGAGCAACGAACCGGAAGUCAUCCUCUUUAUGGGUUCAGUGAGAAAAUUGUGAGCAAUGUG